UGUAUAUAAUAUUGUGAGAAUGUGAUAUUUCUGAUGUAAGAUUUUAACUUAUUUAAAUAUAAAAUAUAUACAUAUAUUUAUAUAUUUAAAACAUAUAUAUAUAUAUAUAGCCUCGAGGGUCAAGUUAAAAUAAAUAAGUCACGAUACAACAUCGCUGUGUAUUUCGCAACAUGUUCUAAAAAUUGUUUUCAAAUUCUUAUGUGCUAAGGAGACCAUAUAAAUCUUUCUCUGUUUGGUUAGAAAUUAAACCGGUCUAUUUUGAAAAUGGAAGCUAUACUUAAUCGUAGUUUACGGUUAACUUCGACUUUAGGAUCUAAUCCAUCCUUUUUAACUAACAACGCUUUUUUAUCUGCACGUUGUUUAUGCUGUACCAAUCCAAAAUUUUUGAUGCUUAAAAACAAUGAAAACAAUGCUCGUUACAGGACUGCCUUACGUAGUUACUUUUUAUUUUCACAUAACAACUUUGUAUGUCAGAAAACGUUUAAAGUUAAUAAACAUGACAUUACGUUGGCAUAUUCCAAUAAUCCUCAAAAGCAGUGUAACGAAGAUAAUAUACCCUUACCAGAUAAAAAAUUAUCUAUAUUUAAAAGGAUGAAACAAUUAACCAAAGACUAUUGGUACAUAUUAGUGCCUGUACACAUAGCGACUUCUAUGGUCUGGGUGACAAUAUUUUAUGUGGCAGUUAAAAAUGGCGUAGAUAUAGUGACUAUGAUGGAACAUUUGAAUUUAAGCGAAAAAUAUUUAAACAUAUUACGUAGCUCUGGCGCUGGCAACUGGGCUAUAAUAUAUGCUCUUUAUAAAAUAUUUACUCCUGCUAGAUAUGCAGUGACUAUAGGAGGAACUACUAUGUCUAUCAGAUAUCUUAAUAGAUUAGGAUAUCUCAAAGCAUCAUCUUUCAAAAAAGCUGCUACGAACUCUGCGGACGAAACUUUACGCAGAACAGUCGGGAAAAUGUACGGCAAAGCACAAACCCGAAUUUAAAACUGAAAGACAAACAGAACCACCAAAAACAUAAUGUUAUUAUACAAAACGUGUACUUAAAUGCACAUAUUAGAAAUUUUUUAUGUUUCGAAAUCUCUAUUGAGUGAAUAUUAUUAAUGUAUAUUAUUUCUUGUAGAUGUGUAUCAUUAAUAAUGUUAUAAUAAAAUCUCGGAUAAAGACA